ACGGGACCGGGACUGGAACGGGAACCGGGACGGGGCUGCAGCGGCGGCCGCUGCCGCCACCUGAGGCGUUGGAUCCCGCGAGGGGCGGCCCGCGCCUCGCACCCUUCCCUCCCUUCCCCGCUUCAGGCCGCCUUCCGCGAGCCGCGGCUCCCGACGGACAAUGUCCCACCAGCGCGUGAGGCGCGGCGGCUCCCCGACCCCCGCCACCUCCCUGGCGGGGGGAGGCGGCGCGGCGGCGGCGGGCGGCGGAGCAGCGGGAGCGAGCAGCCGCCUCCAGCCCAUGCGGGCCACGGUGCCCUUCCAGCUCAAGCAGCAGCAGCAGCAACAACAUGGCAGCCCCACGAGGAGCGGUGGCGGCCCGGGAGCGGGGCUCCCACGCGCGGCGCCCCCCGGCAGCGGCGGGCGCGGCGGCCCCGCCACGGCCCCGCCGGGAGCAGCGGGGAGCGGCGGCGGCGCCGCCUCCUCGCGGGGCAGCCCCACGCGUGGCCACGGCGGGGCUCGGGGCAGCCCCCCGCGGCACCACCACCACCUGCCGCCGCCGCCCCCAACGCCGCCGCCGGGCUGCGGGCCCUCGCCCUGCUCCUCGCCGGUGCCGCCGCUGCCGGAGGGCAGGGUCCGGCACCACCACCGGCGGCAGUCGCCGGAGCCGGGCAGGAGCUCCCCGGAGAGGAAGAGUCCCAGCUCCCCCGUCUGCAAAGACAAAUCAAGACCACCUUCAUCAAGCCCUUCCAGUAUCGUUCGCAGGACGUCCUCCCUGGACACGCUGGCUGCUCCGUACCUUGCUGGGCAGUGGCCUCGGGAUAACCACGGACAGGCUGCUCCCUGCAUGAGAGACAAGGCCACACAGACAGAAAGUGCCUGGGCUGAAGAAUAUUUAGAAAAGAAGAGAAGCUCACACAAACGUUCAUCAUCAUGGGGCAGCAAUGAACAGCUCAAGGAGAUCGCAAAGUUGCGUCAACAGCUGCAGAGAAGCAAACACAGCAGCAGGCAUCAUCGGGACAAGGAAAGACAGUCUCCUUUUCAUGGCAACCAUGCAGCCAUUAACCACAGUCAGGCUCCCAUCCCAAAGAGUGCUCUCGUUCCUGUGAUACCUAUUACCAAAUCAACGGGGUCACGAUUCCGAAACAGUGUAGAAGGAUUGAAUCAAGAGAUUGAGAUAAUAAUUAAGGAGACAGGAGACAAAGAGGAACAACUUGUUCCUCAAGAUAUUCCAGACGGGCACCGUGCCCCACCUCCGUUGGUGCAGCGCAGCAGCAGCACUCGCAGCAUUGACACCCAGACCCCCGGUGGAGCAGACAAGGGCAGUAACAGCAGCAGCCGCUCCCAGUCAGUGUCUCCAAGCUCAUUUCUCACCAUCUGUAAUGAAGGCACUGAGGAAGGGCCCUGUUCUGCAGAUGACCUGCUUGGUGAUUCCAGAGAUAAAGAAAAUGGGAAUAAUUCUCCCUUGCCAAAGUACGCUACCUCGCCAAAACCCAACAACAGCUACAUGUUCAAGCGUGAACCUCCUGAGGGCUGUGAAAAGGUGAAAGUCUUUGAGGAAAACUUGCCAAAGCCAUUGCAUGAAAUUCCAGCCUUCUAUUGCCCUGACAAGAACAAAGUGAAUUUCAUUCCGAAAAGUGGCUCUGCUUUCUGUCUUGUCAGCAUCCUCAAGCCACUUCUUCCCACACAGGAUCUCACACUUAAGGGCACUACACACAGCCUGACUGUCUCUUCCAGCAUGACGCCUGGUUUGUUACAGCCCAUUUCUAUGGCCUCCUUGACUACAAACACAGAUCAAGACAGGAUCUCUCGUGGAACAAGUACAGUAAUACCACAGACCUCUCUGCUCCAGCAGUCAGGAUGUAUUGAGGAAGCUGAAGAAUAAUUCUGAUUGUCUUGAUAUUUUUUUGGGCAACUACUGGGAAAAAAAUGGAACCAGUUGACCUGACCUUUCUGAUCACACACACACGUUGUUUUAACAAUUUGUGGCACUGCCAUAACCAAACUAUUUGUAUAAUUGACAGUUUGUUAGCACAUUGAGAAGUUCAGGAGGAUGCAGCAGCUGAUACCCUAUUGUACUUUCUGCUUUUGAAGACUCUGGUUCUAUUUCUCUCCUGCUUUUUUUAAACACUGGUGAAAACAAAGACUGUCAUAAUCCUUUGCCAUUUAAAGGACCAGUUGUUGUGAUGGUGUGUGUCCUCUGACUUUUUUUCCCAUUGAAACAAGUCUCAAGACCAGCCAGCUGAUCCCAUGUACCAAUGUAAUCUGCAGAGGGAGGGGCAAUCAGAUGGUUUUGCAAGAUGUCUUUUGUAUGAAAAUGUGUAUUUUGUAACAAAAUUUUGCCUUUUCUGGUUUGUAGCAGAUGGUGUUUCCUGGUGAUGAUCCCCCUACCCUUUGGUUUUUUUUUCCUUUGGUAGGGAAGGUUCUUUUGUACUUGGCUGGCUUACAGCUGAUGGGACCAAAGGAUUGCUGAACUAUUAUAGCAGUCUCAAAUUAUGUGACCUUGCUGAACAGCCUCAGACCUAAACAAAGCAAGACCAGUUAAUAUGUUCGAAACUUUUAAAACAGAAGAGUAUGCAAAAACAGUGUUAGUAUAAAGUGUACAUUUUUUUUAUAUCAAACAUUUGUGCUUCUGGUAAGUCACAUUCUUAAAACUCCUUCCUUCACAGAAUUCCUUCUAGUGUUGGUUUAUUGGCUGGAAAAUUGCAUUUUAAAGCACUUGCCCUGGUAUUGUUCUAUUUGUCCAUAGAAUUUUUGUGCAGAUGUAGGGAAAAGAUAUAUUAUCCUCUUACUUGGUAUUCUUGGCUCUUACAGGCUUGCUUAGAUCCUUAUGAGUCAACCUGAAUCAUUAAUCACUCUUGAUACAAAUUUGCUCUGACGUGACUCAUCACUGUAUUAUAGACCCUGGCCACAUAAUAGUGAAAUACCUGUGCAUGGUUUCCUCCCUUUUGUCGUAGUGGUGUUUGUGUGUCUGUUGGAGGUGGUGGUUUGUCAGGCAUGAUAUCUGUUACACAGAAGUUUACAGCAGCAGCUCUCUUUUUGACUAGCAGCUUAGGCUGGCAUGUAAAACAGAAGAUUUUUUGAUACUUGGUUUGUCCUGAAAAAGUGGCAGUUAAUGGUUGCUUUGAAAUUACAGUAAAAGGCAAAAAUGGUGGGGAAGGCAACUGCAAACAGAAACUGUUCAGGAACUUCACUUAGGUUUCUCAUAUGUUUCUGGAGUGCAUUACUUGGAUUUGAGGUAAUACAUUUAUAGAUAUGCAGAAAACUGCAAUGACCUGAAUACCAGUGUCACAGUCACAAAACAAGUUGAUCUUGUACCUCUUUGACAGAGGUAGAUUCAGUAAUUUCAAAGUAUCAUUGUGAGCAGUCUCUGGGUCUCUCAAGCAGGCCUCACUGGCUUGCAUACACACAGCUUCCAUCUACAUAGCUUCCAUGGAUCAGUUGUAUUCUCAGGUCUCCUCAUAAUGGCAACUAUUGAAAGAUGAUACUAAAAGUAUAAUGGUCCUGUUCAGUGCUUAAUAUGAUUAAUUUGCUUGCAAACAUUUUGUUUGAGAGAAGAAAACCCCUGCAUAUGUGUGCAGAUAAUCAUAAUUUUGAUGCAUAUUUGCUGUUCCUUUAAAUCUUGUAUUAGUAACUAUUAUUGCAGUGGUGUACUUUAUUCAGCAAAUAAGUGUAAAUCAUACUAGAAUGUUCUUUUAAAACGUUAUGAAAAAAAAGUCAGGAAAUUAAAAUUGUACUAGGAAGUAUGGAAGUAUUUCACCUGUUAAAUUAGCAAGCAAGCAUAAUUUGGUUUACUGUCUAUCUUCCUAUGAAAAUGGACAGGACUGUUUUGAAGUAACAGUUUUGAUUUGCGCUGACAUUGUCAGUCACCUGGAGUUGUUGAGGAAGAGGGUUCUAAAAAUAAGCAGCUUUGUGCAUCAAACUUGUGUAAUUUCGCUGGUUGAUAGCUCUUUUCUAGACUUUGUGGAGAGUAAUUUGUUUCUUCUGAAACACUACAGUGCAAUUUGAAGUCUAAAAUGUACUGCUUUAGAUAGGUUUGUUUAAACCUGGCAUGACUGAAUCCAGAUCAUAUUCAGGUGAAGGAAGUGCAUUUAAUUCUGUUUUCUAUUUCUUUAACAGUAGCAUGUAAAGAACUUCAUUGUUGCCAAACUGCCUAGUGCUUUAUUAGGAGAUCUUUACUAAUGGUUAAGAACCAUUGAGAAGGGCUAAAGAUAACAAAUAGCCUUUAUCACAGCCUUGACACUUAACUGACUUCACCAAAAUGCUUUCUGAUGUUUGUUUUCAUCACAGUGUGACUCUCCCAAACAGCAGUGAGCUUUCUUAUUCGUAGGACUUUCUUUUGCACCUGUUAUUGUAGUACUUUGAGUAUCUCUCUGGUGGUUUACCUUGUAUGUUAUUGGACGAUGUACUGUACAAAUUAGUGAGCUGCUCUGAUAAAGACCAAAUGUAAAUGUGUGAAGUUUCAGCUUUUUAUAAAAGACUGUAUUCAGGACAACAUUCAGUCUUUUUUUUUAUACAGGACAAUUCUACUAUUGCUAUGGCAGCUCAAGUUCAUUGUGAAUCCACACUAAAGACUCAGAGUUAAGAAAAUAUAAUAGCUCUUGUUCUGAGACCAGCUUUGAUGUGUGCAGACAAAAAUUAGCCUUAAAUUUUUUUAUGUGCUGUCUUGUGCCAUAGCAUAGCUGUUAGCUGAAGUAUAUAAAUCGAUUUGCAAAUAGCUUUGAGAGUGCAUGGAGCUUUUUAAAAUUCUUUUACGUAUAGCCUGGGAUGUUCAUUUUUUGGGGGAGCUGACCUGACACGAGCACAGUUUUACUGAAAGUGUUCAAAUUCUUUUGGCUUACUUAAAAUCCUAACUAUGCAUAAACCUAGUCAGUUCCUUGAUUGCCUACUUUGUAGCUUAAGAAAAAGUAAAGGUCUAUUUUUAUGCACAACUUGACACAUUUGAUAUUCUUGUUUUCUUGGUGUUCGACAGUCCUAGCCACACUUAAAGGCUGGUGGUUUUGUUAGUAACACUGGCAGUUGAUUUUGAGAUAAUAUACUAAAUUAUAUUACUCCAGUUGUAAAUUCAACUUAAACCACAAGGAAGGUGUUCAUUGUAAUGAAGUUGAUGGUGACCAUUGAGAUUAUUGGGAUUGUUUUUUCAAAAACCUCAAGAGACAGGGGAAAAGGGCUCCUUUGGUAAAGUUUGACCUGCAUCAGCUAUUCUUUCCUUGCUUGGUGCCAUAAUCCUGUAGCAUUUAAGUACUUGGAAAAGUGACAGGCAGUGCUCAAGUACAUCUGUCUUGGAAAGAAAUUCUUGAUUUCAGGUGGGUAUCCCAAGUGAGGAAAAAAGGGAGUGAAAAUUAAAUAUUGCUGACUGUGGAAGUAAAUGAUUGCUGUGUUUGAUUUACGUAAAGCAAUAGCAGCUCUUAUAAAGUAUGUUUAGUCUCAGGGCUAUUUUUUGAUUUGUUCUAAAAUACAAUUUCCUGGAAUUCAGAGUCUGAGACUGUUGAAAAACACCGAGUCUGAGCUUUUUGGGAAGAAGGAAACAAAGUCAUAUGCAUUAACCUUUCCUCUGCCUCAGGCCAAACUUCUUGUUGCUUAUUAAGAGAAUUCAGUGGUACCACAGUAAUUCCUUACUUAAGUAUUAUCUGUUCUCUCCCUGCCAUCUCUAAAAUGCUGACUGUCUUCACAGAAGCUCAGUGCCAGUGGUGUCCAUAUUUCCUUGCUAAAUGUUUCCUUGCUGAGUACAGCUUCUCCAUAAAGCUGAGAGGGCAAAGGAGGAUGUGUAGGAAGUCACCAGAUACUUGCAGUUACAGAGAUCCUUCCUGCAGAGUGACUUCUUGGGUAUCUUAAUUUCCAUUUGACUUAUUGUGUGCAUGCACACAAAGUCUGGAUAGGUCUGCUGCCUUUAUCUGUGUGGAUGGAGGCAGAGCUGGCGUUUUUGAGAACCUUUUUAUUAUUUUUUUCGUAUGUACAGACUUGCAGAGCCAUUCUCUUCUAGAACUGAUGCACGCUUACAUGCAUCUCCAAAGCAAAGCUUGUGUGGUGCUCUUACUUGUCCUCAUGAGAUUAAUAUAACCUGCAAAAAGGAAAUAAAAGCAUCCAAACACUUGGGAACAUCAGGAGUCUGCUUUCUCCAUAUAAUUCUAUAGUUCAGUGUGCCCUUCAUUAGACCCAAGCCACGUUGAUAUAUGUUAAACCAAAAAUGUUUGCUCCUAGGAAAGGCAAUAGAAGGUAAGCCCCUCAUGACCUAGGGAGGUGGAAAGCACUGGGGAACAAUUGAUUUUACUGUGAUCAGAGAGUUCUUAAAGAAUUGUUUUUCUGAGUAUGGGUAUACAGGAAAACAAAGUGACCAAUCACUGCAAUAUGUACCUGUGUAUUUUCUUGAUGUGAGUUUGUCAGCAUUCAGCAACUCUGAAAAUCAGUUCCACUCUUAGCGUUGUGUUUAUACAAAUAAUGACUUCGAUGUAUUGUUUGGAAACUGUUACUUUGCACAUCAAGUGGGGAGAGAAUGUUAACUAUUCACAAGUGUUCUGUGAAAUUCCAGUCCUGUACCCCAGCUGAACCACAACGAUCUCUUUCUGAAUGCUCCAAACAUAAAAGUCCCGUUACUGCUUGCUUGGUUUCAUUGCAUGUCAUCAGUAAGUACUUGAGGUAUGGUCUUUGUUUAAUAGUUCUUCAUUGGGAUUUGUAUUUGACUACAGAGACUUCUGUAGUGUUGACAGAUCUGUCUGAAUAGUGGAAGAGGACUUGGCCUGAUAACACUGCAAAUUUAUUGCACAAGCUUUUGAAACAACUCUCUUUGGAAAAUCUACUAAGCUGAAAAAAACCAAAAUAAACACCUUCUGAACACAUCAUCCAUCCUAAUUGUCAAUGUACUGAUAGUUAAGAACAUAGCUUGGCUUCAUUCUAAAUUAUUUCAUGUAUUGAAAUGUGCAAUUUUUGAGGGUAGCAGUCAAGGGAUGUUCAAAACUGCCAUUAGAUUUGCCUUUGUAUGAAAUUGGCUGACAUGUUUUCCUCUGUUACACUGUGAUAACUUGUGGAGAUGUUCUUGCUUAUGUUGUACUGAUAGGUUGCUUGUUGCAUGUAAAGCAGAUUUUGUAAGCAAGAGGAAUUCCAGGGAUGUUCUGCAAAAAAGGGCCUAUUCUGAGGUGAUGUACACUGUUGUAAAACUGGAGCAGCUCAACUAAUUUCAAUGGAAUUCUUGAUUUACACUAGUCUUUUUGCUAUGUGUAGUUAUGCCAGUACAAUUUUGCACAAUGUUAUUUGAAUAUUGCGUUCUGAUUUGUGAACUGUUUCUACUGAAAACAGUGAAAAUUUUACAAACUGCAAUAGCGGAAUGUUUUUGGCCUUUUUUUUUGUUUUGUUUUGUUUUUGCCUAAAAUAAAAAGUUGUCACUUCAA